AUGUGGAGGCCAAGGGAAAGCCGUCAGCUGCAGGAGAGCCAACCAUCACCGUCCUGCACGGAUCUCAAUGACUACAUAUGGUCUCUCCACUCGACAGCGCCGCAUGGAAUCAUACGUGAGACUGCUACCAACGAACGGAGUAAGAGAUCCGCUGAUUCCGUCUACAUCCGCAUCCGAUAUGGAUCCGACCCGACAACACUGCACUUGAAGCCCGACGGAAUAAGGCCGUAUCUGUCGUUCUUAUGGUUCUGUUAUCGUGCUGGACGAAGCGAUAAUGGAGACGACAUCCUCGGGGCCGUCCACCAGGCCACCGUUGCCGACUCGGCGGCCUACGAAACGCCUGUUGUUCGACAGGCGCUACGCUUCGAUGAGUGGAAGGAUCCUUCAGAAGAAGCUUUAGCUGGUGGUCGAGGAAUGUUUUGCAUUUUGCCGAUCGCGAAGUCAAUGCUGAAUGUCGCAUCGUUGUCGAUCAGUCUUGCAGCAGAUUUUGUGAUCAAAGCUCUUAAGUCUCCUAUUCAACUUUCUCGACAAGAAUUGCAUGCUAACCUGUGUAGUCAGUUUCAUAAGCUAGCACUUAAUAUGCAGGGAUGGAAUCUUAAGUUGAUAACCUUGGGUAAUAGGAGACAAAAUGCCAUGAACUCUGAAGAGGUUCCUACAAACUGAACCAAUCCCUCGGCUGCAUCAUGCUGCAACUCAAUGGAUUCUGUUAUGAUGAACUAUUGGAGUAUGAUGUUUGUUUGAGAUGUAAAUGAAGAUUUACAA